CUGUGAGCUGGCUGGCAGCAGCAGGCAGGCAAGGAGACUCCACACGGCUUCUGAGGGUGCUGAUCAGAUGGAGGUUUAUUUGGGGGCCCAUCCCUGGGAACAGCAUGGUGGUUACUGAGGGAGAAGGGGGGAAGGGGAAUGGAGGGGGAGAGCCUAGGGGAGGGAAGGGCCAAGAGAGGAGAAGAAGAGAGAGAGUCUGGUUUCCCUCGCACAGUUUAAGAGGGAAAUUCAAAGUGGGUGCAGAAUCAGACUUGUGCCAAUGGGAUUACGGAUACAUGAUGGUUCAGGGCAGGACCACAGGUUUAGAAUAUACCAUACAUUUCGGAGGGGUGAGACAGAGCAUACCAUUUAAAUGUAACACCACACUCCUUGUGACCUUUCACGUUGGAGGUGGCAGUGGCUGGGUCUGACAUCUAUCAUAAGCAGGUCACUUUGGAAUUGAAAAGGUUUUCUGCUUCAGAAUUCUCCCUAGUUUGUUACUCCUCAUCCCUUCCUCUGCUCCACCACGAUUUCAGCCCAGCAUUAAUGGGCCAGGUGACCCCUUUCUAACUCCAUUUCUGCAGCUUAAAAUUUUGUUUUGCCACUCUGGCUCAUGCUUAGAACACCAGGAGAUUCCAAGCCAUCUGUUAAGCAAAGGGCUGUCUACCUUCCAAGGUCAAGGCAAGAACUGAUACGUGUAGCUUCUUAGGGUCACAUCAUUGCUAAAUUACAUCUUUCCUUUUCACCUGACCCCUGUUACCUCAGGACCAUCCAUACACACAAGAUGAUUAGGAAGAUAACCCUCAGCCUGGGAAGACACAUGUCCUCCAUGGCACGUGGGGCCACCCAGGUGAGAAGACUUCUGCAUGGUGGUUAUGUCAGGAUUCAUCCCUCUGUACAGGAAGCUCUGGUGGAGGGGAGACCUGUCGUAGCCUUGGAAAGCACCAUCAUUACACAUGGCAUGGCCUAUCCUCUGAAUUUGAGCAUGGCCAGAGAGGUGGAAGAAAUUGUAAGAAUAAAUGGAGCAGUGCCAGCCACUGUAGGUAUUUUAAGGGGCGAGAUCCAUGUGGGACUCACAGACGAGGAGCUCGAGUUCUUGGCAAGCAGUAAAAAUGCAGUUAAAGUGUCUCGCAGAGAUUUUCCUUUUGUCCUCAGCCAGGGCUUGUCCGGUGGCACGACCGUGUCUGGAACAAUGAUCACGGCACACAAAGCAGGAAUUCCUGUGUUUGUGACAGGUGGCAUAGGAGGUGUCCAUCGGGAUGGGGAGAACACUCUGGAUGUGAGUGCUGACUUGACAGAGCUAGGACGAACACCGGUGGCUGUUGUAUCUGCAGGAGCCAAAUCUAUCCUUGAUAUUGGCAGGACACUGGAAUAUCUGGAGACUCAGGGUGUUUGCGUGGCUGCCUUUGGAGAAUCAAGAGAGUUCCCCGCCUUCUUCUCACGCCAGAGUGGCUUCCAAGCACCAUACCAUGUCCAGGAUGAAGAGGAGGCAGCUAAACUCAUUGACAGUGCUCUGGGGCUGGGCCUGAGCAGCGGGGUGCUGAUAGCAGUGCCCUGUCCCCAGGAGCGAGCUGCCGAGGGCCAGGCCAUCGAAAAGGCCAUCCAGCAAGCUCUCAGCCAAGCCAGGUCCAAAGGAAUCACAGGCAAAGAAGUGACCCCCUUUUUGUUACAGAAGCUCACAGAAUUAACUGAUGGGAAAUCGUUGGACUCUAACCUUGCACUGAUCCAGAACAAUGCCAGAGUGGGCAGCUGCAUUGCAGUAGCCCUCAGCAAACUGCAGAAAGCCAGAAGGAAGGGGAGCCAGCCUAGGCGAAAGGACAUGACUGCACCCCAACCAGUGGUGAUUGGCGGUAUCAACGUGGACUUUAUAGCCAAGGCACAGAACUCUGAGAUCCUGGGCGGUGGGCAAACAAAUGCUGGAAGAGUGAGACGAACCUUUGGCGGUGUUGGAAGGAACUUGGCAGACUGUUUAAGCCGUCUUGGACAAGCUCCUCUCCUUUUAUCAGCUGUGGGGAAGGAUGAGCAUUUAGAGUCUGUCCUGCACUACUGCCACCACAUGGACAUGAGCGGCAUCCUUCAGCUGGAGGGGAAGAGCACAGCCACUUACUGUGCCGUCAUCACCAGUGCUGGGGAGCUCAGCAUGGGCUUGGGAGACAUGGACAUCCACCACCAGAUAACAGAGCAAUAUGUGUCCCAGUUCAAGGAGAACCUGUGUCAGGCCCCACUUGUUUGCAUUGAUGGAAAUGUGCCUCUCUCCACUAUUCAGUACGUCUGCCAACUAGCUAGAGAGCACCAGCUAGCAGUGUGCUAUGAGCCAACAGAUGAGAGCAAGGCCUCUAAGCCAUUCCUGUCAGACAGCUGGAAAGCACUCACAUACAUUUCCCCCAACCUUCAAGAGCUGAGAGCAAUAAAUCGGACCCUCGGGAACCCUCUGCCAGCAGAGCUGCCAUCCAGGUUGGAAGAUGUUGUCCAGGCUGCAGUGGCCCUGGCCUGCCCUUUGCUGGCCCAUCUGCACUGCGUGGUGGUGACCCUCGGUGCUCACGGUGUCCUCCUGUGCGGCAAGAGCCUGGGAGGGAGCAUCUCCCUUUAUCCAGGAGCUCACAAACAGGCUGCUGCUGCCAGGCUCUGUGCUGCCCACUACCCUGCCAUCCCCAUCAGCAGGGAGGAGAUAAUCAAUGUCUCAGGAGCUGGUGACAGCUUAAUGGCAGGAAUCCUUGCAGGGGUGCUUGCUAAACAUGACACAGGCACAUGUGUCCGGAUGGGUCUGCUGGCUGCCAGCUUGUCUCUCCGUUCCUAUGAGCCCAUUUCCCCAGAAAUCAGCACUUCCAGUGUCAGCCAGGAGCAAGUCAAGAGCAGGAGCUGGCCAGAGGCGAAGGUAUGGAAGAUGGACUAGAACACUGUGGCUUUCUCAUCUAUCACCUCAUUGCACUUGCAGCAAUCCUAUUUUCAGGAACUGGACUGUGUUUUGAGCUUUGAGAACAUUUAUCUGCUUUGGUCCUGAGUAAACCAUCAAGAAAGGAGGCCCCUACCCGAGGAACUUCUGUGGAAUGGAAAGUUGAUUUCUAGUCUUUCAGACCUCCUGGUUUACUGACCUCCAGGCCUUCCAGAUUUUCUACUGAGGGAAUUUUCUCUUCCUUCACCUUGUGUCGCUGUUGUCACGGUAGCUCCUCUGUCUUUGACUCCUGGAUCUUCAGGACCAUGUCUCUUCAGAUGAGCCCAGCAGCAACAUCUGCUCUUGCUGCUUAUUCUUUCCUAUCCAAGAGUUCCCAUGGUUCACAACCUGUGGCAGGGUGUAGCUGGCAGGAACAUGACAUGGUAGGAUAACCUCAUCCAUCUUCCCAAGCCAGCCAGCACACACCACACCUUCUUGCUCUGAAGUCCAAUGCCCCUGGAGAAAGUAGGCAAGACAAAGUAAAGAAGAGUGACCAGGGUCCAGCUAGUGGCCUUUAAAAGAUGACAGCCCCUUGUUCCACGUGCCUUCCUUCUUGGGUCUUGGGGCUUCCUUCCUCCUUCUUUAGUCCUGAGUAUCAAGUCUGAAGCAAAAGAGAUCAGAGGGAGCCAAGGCAUCUCCCAUGGAAGCCAUGAGGAAAAGUCACUUUCUCUAAGCCUGUAAUGUGCACAGAAUGCAACUGCGGGUGCCAACAGAUCGGUGAACACUGAAACUCAUUAAAACUGAUUUCUAGCAGAGUUGGGUCUUGGUGCUGGCUGGUUCCUAAACCUGACUGAUAGUAAAUCUGGAGUACAGACCCACCCUCUGUUUCAUCCAGAGACCAUGGUCAGACCCCUUGGCUGAGGAGCAGCUCCCUGGUGUCUGACACAGCACUGAGGUCAACCAAAGCUUGAUCAGGGCAGCUCUAACACCACUCUCCUGGGUAGGCUCUGCUGUUUAACCAGUGAGCUCCCACUGGAAUGGAUGGAGGCAUUAAGUGGGUGCCUUUCCUCCACCUGAGGCUACUUCCACCAGGCUCAUAGCAACUCCCUCCCAUUGAGCCCACCACCUUUCCAUCAGACACACAAACAUUUACCAUCAGCUCUCCUUUACUAAAACCUUGUUUGCAACUGUGGUUCAGCUGAAAGAUUCUGUGCUCAGAUGCCAUGCACCCAUGUGUGUACCCUAAGCAGGGACAGGAUGGCUGUGGCAGA